CAAGGAUAUUUCAAAUUUUAUCUACCAUAGGUAACGUCAGAAUUUCAAAUUUAUAGUUUGGUAAAACAUGAUAAAUAUAACGUGUGUUGUGGUUUUUGCGAUGCUGAUUAGUUUUAGUGCAUCACAAGUUAACGAUGAAACAGAAAAAAUGGAAAUGCCAUCGAGGGAGGUUGAAGAAUUAAUACCAAAUUUAAUUUCGGAGGAGGACUUAGGACAUAACAACCUAGAAAACAACGAACCAACAUGGCCGCUAACAGUUUCUUUGUGCAAAAAAUGUGCAUGCGAUAAUGAAAAAGUGGAUUGUAGGGAUCAUAACUUGCUUAUAUUAGAAGAUGAUGAUUUAGGAGGUUUAAUAUCAACGAAUGUCGUAGAACUAGAUCUGAGUGGAAACCCAAUAAAGGCGCUAAAACGACUGCCAAAAUUGCCUAUAGAGAGGCUGAAUUUAUCCCGAUGUGACCUUAGUUACUUAGACGGGUCACCAUUCCUAAAGUUGAAGAAUUUGGAAUACUUGGAUCUCAGUUACAAUCAACUACCAACUUCAGCUAUCACUAGAAUGACGUUAGCGGGUUAUCUGGAGGAUGACUUUAUACUUCCAAGACGUUUUCCCAAUAUCAGAUCUCUUAGUUUGGCGUACAAUAACAUCCAUUCUUUGCAAAAGGACGCUUUCAUAUUCAUGACAGAAUUACAGUUUCUGGAUCUUACUGGGAAUCCUUUAGUUUUCAUAGAUCAAGUUACGAUGGCUGCUAUUACUGAUCUCAGUAAAUUAAAGGAAUUACGACUUUCUGGAUGUGAACUGGAGAGCAUACCUGAUGGUCUGUUGCGGAGACAGCGCUAUUUGGAGAGAUUGGAUCUCAGCAGCAAUAAAUUUACCACCGUGCCCACUGUUCUGAGUGAGACUGUUAACUUGUUAUAUUUAAACCUCGAUGGCAACUUGAUCAGCUCUCUAACCGAAAAAACUGCUUUGUCCAACUUGUCCAAGCUUGAAGAACUCCACUUUUCUGGUUUUACGAGGCUGCAGUCAAUAGGUCCUGGAGCGCUGGGAGGUCUAGCGAAUCUAGUCUCGCUUUAUAUUACUGAUAAUCCUAAAUUAACGAAUCUAGAUCCCAAUUUUUUGAUAUGGGAAGAAAACGAAGAGGAAAAGUGGCCUCCGAUCAAACAGUUAUACCUAAACAACAAUAAUAUAUCAGAAAUCAGCCCCGACUAUGUGGUCAAUUGGGGCGAGCUGGUUGCAGCGAACUUCAGUAACAACCCAUACGUAUGUGAUUGUAGCAACCAGUGGAUGGUGGAUGUACUUGUACCAAUGUUGAGGAGGAUUGUCAAAGAUGAUGAUAACGCUAUGACCUGUAGAAAACCUCCCGUGUUGAGAAGUCAGGCAAUAAGUUACCUUCACGACAUAUCGAAGCAGCUAGAAUGUCCAUCUUCGGUUAUGAUGAGAACCGUGAAUAGACCAAACACUGCAAUAGUUCUCGGGAUUAUGAUCGGAAUCUUCGUCACAUUCCCAAUGGUGUUCUUAAUUGUACUGUUAUGGAGAAGAGGUUUCUUUUUGAGGUGCAGGAAAAGAAUGAUGAGAUCUGACGAUAAGUAUGAAGAUGAGGAAACUGACGCGUUUUAGCUUCUAAAGUAUCUCAGUGAUUGAAUGUGAUCAUUUAAUAUUGCGAUAGUGAUAGAUCUCAUAGAAACCUUAAUCAGAGACUAUAAAUUUUAUUUAUUAUAGUAAAACAUAAUAUUGUCUCCGUCUUAAAUGAACGGAUCGCGUAGAUCGUGUUUAUAAAUCAUAAUUACAGGAAUUUCAUUAGAUAAUUAAAUAAAAUAACAUUUACUCCUACAACAUUAUAGACAGUUAAUGACGAAAAUUAUUAUUAAAGUCGGAUCAAAUUAAAGAUUAAUUCGAACAAAUUUGGAUACAUAUUUAUUAUUUAGUUCUAUAAGGUCUACGUACAUGUUAACUUUAGAAAUUUAAGUUACCAAAACCAUCCGCAAGAAGCGAAUUAAGUUUUCAAUACAAAACUAUCGAUGUAAACGCAAAUGCAGUAGCAUCGUAAAUCUCACUAUGUUAAACCCACAUUAAGAAAUAGAUAAUGCAGUAAUUUAUUUUUUUGUAAGGGGAAAGGAGAAAAUUAUUCAUAAUAAAUCAAAUAGUUUUGUAUACUUUUAAUUAUAAGGAAAGUAAGCUACCAAAACAUUUAUUUUUGAUUCUGUUUUCCCCCUAAGAACAAUUUUUGUUUUCCCUAUCAAUAGGGAAGGUAAAAGGACUAAGUCUAUACAGCCGUUGUCUUCAGUUAAUUUCUGCUAAUAUUUCUUUUUUCCAUUUUGGUAUAUAAGAUUGCUUCAAAUGUUGAAAUUACAUAUUCAUAUAUGCAUUUA